AAUUAAAGCCUUUUCCAGAAAAACGGAAAUACACACUUGAGGUAUGGCUUUUUGAAUGUCUCUGAGGUAUAAGACUCCUAGUAAAACGGUUAAUCAUAGGCCUACUGGCUGCUGGUACGUUUCAUUGGCUAUGAGAAGAGAAUGGGGAAUCCCCUUGCGCAUCUAUUAAUAUUUCCAUGGUAUGAAAUGUGUCACAUACAAUUUCCGUUAGGCUGUAAAGACCCGGUUGGUAGAGGUUACACAUGCUGAAUUUUACCUGACAACCAAUCGAUAUGUACAGCUUUCGUCAUAACAACAGAGGAAGGGAUGUCCCAGAUACUGGUCUGCAGAGAACAUCCUACAAGUUCAUGUCCGAUGAAGUGGAACCAGAAAUUCGCUGUGAGACAGCGGGAAAAUUGCGCGGUUCGGUGAUCUCUCAUAGAGUAAACAAUGACGUAGCCACUGACCAUAACGGAACAUCAGACGUUGGCGAUUCAACCGCGCUGAAUAUGGAGAAAGCCGGGGAUGACCCCCUUGACGUCAGUGAUGCAACGCUCCUACCUAGGGAUCAGUAUGACCUCGCUGACCUGACCCGUCAAAAUAACGGCAGUUGUCAAUCGUCGGUCAAAACCUGGCCGCCUGUUUACACCAGACUGGACCUCGCGUUCUCGAUCACAUCCCUUGUCAUGUUUGCAGUGGACCUCGGGACGGACGUCGCGCUAGUGGUGAAGUAUCACGUGACUGACCAGUACCUUCUGAGGAAUUUGACCCUGGGCUUCAUCUUGGUCCCAUCAUUAGCGUCAGGUUGUGGGUCCGUCGUGUGGAGCUACAUAGACUACAGGAACCAUGUGCGUCAUAACAGGAGCAAGUGGCCCAUGGUCGUCCGAUGUUUGUUUACGUUUUUCCAACUAGGCAGAGUGUACAGGAUGGUGGAGUUUAUCUACCACAUUACCCGCACAUGGAAGGAACAAGAUCCUGAGAAGGUAAAAGACAUUUCUCUCAAAGCCAUUGAGCAGAAGAGGGAUGCGGCCAUCUUGGGGCUGGUGGAUGGUUUCCUGGAGUCGACCUUACAAUUAUUGCUGCAGCUUUACCUUACCGUCCGUGCCUACGUGCCUCUGGAUGAACUUAGAGUGUUGGCACUGCUGACAUCAUGGUUCUCAACAGCUCUGACGGUGACGUCAUAUUACCGUACCGUGAGGCGGGCUAUGAAUGACAGAUACAAUGUCCGGUAUGGUCCCUCUGCACUGUAUAUGGCCUAUCGACUGUUCGAGCUCGGACCAAGGCUUCUGUUGCUGGGUCUGUGUGUUGCCUACUUCCUGAAUAUUCUGUUAGGAGCUGUUGCUUUGCAUGUGAUUGUCAUGUUCCUCAUGCACCUGUACAUCAACCCCCGUCUCACUGGCGUAUGCAAUGGGCAGAUCUGUCGCACUGUUUUUCUGCUGUUGAUCAGCUUCAUCAGUGUGUUUUGUUUUAUAAACCUGAAGGACAGAAAGACACUGUGGAUAAUGGUAUUUUAUUAUGCAGUGUUCUAUGUGGAAAACUUUGCAAUAAUGGGUGUGUUGGUGGGCCUUACUCAGGCGGGGAUUAUCUUCUACUCCCCCUGGUAUUUUACAGCUUACUCUGUCAUCCCUGGGUUCGUCCUUCAUAUGUUGUGUCUCUCGCUGUACUACAAGUUCUGUCACCCUCAGAAAACACGCUGCAAGAAUCAGUCUCCACUAUACAAAACAAGUACAGAGCUGAUACAGAAAAAUGCAACUCCUUUCCGACAGGGAUCUCUUGGGAACCUUUCCUCUCCGCAUGAAAAAGAGGAAGAAGAUCCUCUUUACAGGGAAUCUCAUAAUGAAGAACUGAUUCAUCAGCUACUACAAAGUAAAGAGGCAUCUGCUUUGUACAUAUCUAGAAGCAACUCUGUGGAUCAAGAACUACGCACAGACGAUCCUUCCACAGACAAAAAUCAACCUUGUGACUUUUCUCCAUGUAAUACUCAAGAUAAUUCAUCAUCAUCAGUGUUACAAAGAAACCAUGUUUCUGGGAAAGAGAAUGGCCUCUCAGAACAAAGACUCUUGCCGGUUUGGUGUAAAGUGUACUAUACCCUACACUACCAGAGUAUUAACCGUGGUGUCGUCUACACUACCAGGGUAUUAUUUACAGGAGAGCUCUCACGACUACGCCUAGCGGAGUACAUUUACAACAUGUACCAGGGAUGGAAAAGUAAGAGAAAAGAUGAGAAACGAAUAGAAAAAGCGGAAGUGGAAUUACGGGAUGCCGCAAUUUUGGGCCUGUUGGAGGGAUACAUGGAAACUGCCCCAAAGUUCCAGUUACAAUUGUAUCAGUGGUUUACAACUGAUUUCAAAACUAGGACAAGAGAUUUGUUUUUGUUGAUCUCCUUGGCAUCUAUAUCGAUCUCGGUGACCUCUUGCUACAUGACGCACCGGAAGUUAAAGCAGGGGCGGAAGUCAGUGACAUUUUUGGCAUGGGUGUUGUACCUAGCGAUGCGACUGUGUGAACUUGGGCCCCGUCUUGUCUUAUUAGUGUUGUGUUUUAGGUUCGUUGGCUUGAGUACGACGCUGAUAGGUGUCUUUUUCCAUUUCGUGCUCAUGUUCGUGCUCAAUGCAUAUCACGUGAAGCCGGAGAACAAUCAGAUGUGUGACCAACGCUGUUCGCGCUUCUUCUACAUCUUCCUGAGCUACGUGGAGAUCUACAGCUUCAUCAACAUGAAUCAGGAAGAAUCCAAACAUACGUCACUAAUCUAUUACGUCAUAUUUUACUUGGAGAAUGCUGUGAUGGUGUCAUUAGUGUUAGGUCUGACGUAUAGCGGAAUCAUGCCGUGUAUGACUUGGUGUAUGUUCUCGUAUUCAGCUAUCCCAGGUUUUGUGUUACACCUACUCUUCCUGUGUCUGUACUAUUCCUGUCUCCACUCGUCACGCAACAGAUUAGACCACUGAUCGUCUAACAUAUAACAGCUGUAUUAAAGGAGAGAAACAAAGAUUGUGUACAUUCAGUUCCAUGCCAAAACCCUUUUACAUUGGUGUGUUCGAUGAUUUCAUAGCAACAUACUAUUCGAAGUCUGUAGCUAACCUACAAACGCAUUCUUCGAAAGUAUUUAACACACACACGACACUGUUAUACCAUUGUUCAGAACUCAUUUCUUACUUGUGAAACCUUUACCUCAGAUUACAACUGUAUCUAAUUCGCGACCUCCGACAAUGAAGAAUAAAUAUACUGCCCCCAUAGCAACACUUCAGACUUUUUUUUUAUCUUUUCUACUUUCUCUUUCCUUUCUCCUCUCUUCCCCUUGGUGUCUUAACGAUCCCUUAACGAUGUGUAUUUCACAAAAAAUAUAAAAGUACUUUUAAGUACUAAUUAAUUUCACGUAAAAAGAGUAAAAUGUGUAUAAUAUGUGUCAUGUCACUGCUCAAAAGUGUGACAGUGACUGACGAGGUUCAGGCCAACCUUGGGGACUGAGAAAUACACCAGCAAAGACUACUAGCAGAAUAACCGCGUAAACAGUAUUGUAUCAGACACUUGUUAUUAGACUUUUGACAAUGAAUAUUGACGAUUUUAAUCACGUCCUAUGUUAAACAACGAUAUAAAUAUUA